AUAUUAUUUCUCUCGCGGUAAAUACUAGACUCCAGGUUCCAAAAUGGCAGCCACCAUAAGCAGCGCUGUGGUCAAGGUUCUUCGGUCAGCUUCAUUUCGAAGUCUUGCCCAAACACACAAAAGAUGGAUUUCACCUGGAUCUCACUUGCGAUCUAUGUCCGCAACAGACCUCUCCCCUUUGCAGGAGGGUUUCCGGGCAGCACCCCUUACAAUACUCAGUGAUGAAGAACGCAUGAUGAAGGAAACUGUUGCACGGUUUGCUGCUGAGAAAAUUCAACCUCUGGUAAAAGAAAUGGACGAGCAUGGUGUGUUCGAUCGAUCCCUUGUUGCUGGGCUGUUCGAGAAUGGGUUGAUGGGGAUUGAGAUACCAAGCCAGUAUGGUGGAACAGACUCCACGUUCUUCGUGGCCAAUCUCGUCAUAGAGGAGAUCGCCAAGGUGGACCCAGCAGUGUCCCUUGUAAUAGACAUCCAGAACACGCUCAUCAACCGUCUCAUCGAUGAGUACGGAACCAAGGAACAAAAAGAAAAAUAUUUGACAAAACUUGCAACAGACACGGUGGGCAGUUUCUGUCUGUCCGAGGCUGAGUCAGGGUCCGAUGCCUUCGCGAUGAAGACUUCAGCUGUGAAGCAGGGCAACCACUAUAUUCUCAAUGGCGAGAAAAUCUGGAUAUCCCACUCCUCCUUUGCUGGCGUCUUCCUUGUAUUUGCCAAUGCCAAACCCACAGAUGGCUACAAGGGCAUCACAUGUUUCAUCGUGGAUGCAGACUCGGAGGGCAUCACCAUCGGAAAGAAGGAGAACAAGAUUGGCAUCAGGGCGUCCGAGACAUGCUCCGUGCAUUUUGAAAAUGUCCAGGUGCCUGAAGAGAAUAUCCUGGGCCAGUUUGGUCAUGGCUACAAGUACGCCAUUGGUGUGUUGAAUGAAGGAAGGAUUGGAAUUGCAUCACAGAUGCUGGGUCUGUCACAGGGGUGUUUCGACCAUGCAGUUGCCUACACCAGGGAACGUAAACAGUUUGGCCGAAGGAUUUGUGAUUUCCAGGCCAUGCAGCACCAGAUUUCCCACGUGGCCACCCAGAUCGAGGCUGCCCGGAUGAUGAUCUACAACGCUGCUCGCCGCAAGGAGGCAGGACUGCCCAUCGUGAAGGAAGGAGCCAUGGCCAAAUACUUCACCUCAGAGGUGGCGACACUGACUACAUCCAAGUGCAUGGAGUGGAUGGGUGGAGUAGGUUUCACCAAGGACUACCCCAUAGAGAAGUACUACAGGGACUGCAAGAUAGGUUGUAUUUAUGAGGGAACAAGCAACAUCCAGCUGAACACAAUAGCUCGGUGCUUGGAGCAGGAGAGCCAGCAGUAGACGUAUUUCACACUUGGAGUUUGCCCCAGUAAUGGACACAGUUGUUUGCUUCAUGGCAGCUGUCUGUCGUGUGCACAUAGCAAACUAUACAUGCUGCAGUUGUUUUAAUGUUAGAGCUGUCUCAGUUGGUACUAGACUACUACCUGUGUGGAUUUAUAACAGAUCAAUUGAUUGUGUGAUAAUGUUGGAGAUAUACAUGCAAUGUUAAACCAUAUUUCUGGUUAGACAGAGAAUGAACAAUUUUAUGUGAGUAAACAGAUAAUCAAUGUAUAGAAUUAAAUACACUGACAUGUUGAAGCUUGUUUCACAAAUCUUGUAUUGAUGUUUUUGCGAAAUGUGUCCUUUUUGAUAAUAUUGACAAAUUCACAACCUUUGUGAUCUGUGAAAUGAAAAUGUCAGGUGUUAACUGGGGUAGGAUCUAAUGUUGAACAUUUCUGAAUAUUCUGGAAAAUAAUCAAAUAUGUAUAGUUUCCUGAGCACUGAGACAAAUCUGUGACUGUGUAUAUUUCCACUCCUAGCAGGCCAUUUGUGGUGUCCCCCGCCGUGAUAUUGCUGGAAUAUUGCUAAAAGCGGCGUAAAACCAUACUCACUCACUCCUAGCAGCUUUGUAACUGACUAAUCACAUUAUAGAGGGACCAGCUGGUUGUCACUUAUACAGGGACAUUUCUUAACCACAAGAUUAAAAGCUGGUCACUACUGGACACUUACUUUUCAAAUGAAGUUGAAAAACGCCCAAUCUUUUCCUGUGACUAGAAAUUAUUGAUCAUGGCCAUGAUUGUUUAACUAUGGCAGUAUGAAAGAAGCAAGAAUUCUUUGAGUACUGGUAGCUUAUAUUCUUUCAAAAAGAUUUACAGUGGCAGUGGAGUAGCCUAGUGGAUAAAGUUUUCGCUCAUCACACUGAAGACCCAGGUUUGAUUCCCCACAUGGGUACAAUGUGUGAAGCCUGUUUCUGGUGUCCCCCGCUGUGAUUUGCUGGAAUAUUGCUGAAAGUGGCUUAAACUAAACUCACUCACUCAAAGAUUAGGAGAGUGUAGUUGAAGAAAUGAAACCUUUAUGGCUUGUAGAACAAGUACAAUUUUGUUUGUAAUGAUAUUACAGGCUAUGUCUUUCCUGUUCAUAAAUUACCCACUAUAGUUUCAUGAUU